UAGUACUGCAGCAGCCUUAUAACCCAAUGGCAUAUUGCUUCCUUCUCCUCCUCUUUUUCUCUUCCAUUAUUUCCACACAUACUCAUGCAUGCAACCAAACUGAUCGCAGCUCUCUCCUGUCCUUUACCUUAACUUUAUCUUCUCUUCCUUUAAAUUGGACCUCUGAUAAUUGUUGUCAUUGGAAGGGCAUCACUUGUGAUCAAGAUGGUAGGGUCACCCAAUUGCUCUUACCCUACAAAGGGCUCAAAGGAGGUAUGUUUCCUUCAUCACUUGCAAAUCUCACACAUCUCACUCACUUGAAUCUCUCCCACAAUUCACUUUAUGGUUCCCUGGAAACUCAAUUCUUUGUUUCCUUGAAUCGUCUUCGGAUCCUUGAUUUGAGUUAUAACCUUCUUUCUGGAGAGCUACCACUUUCUCUACCAUCCAACAAUAUCCGGAAACUGGAUUUGUCUAGCAAUCACUUCUAUGGUGCUAUUCCAUCUUCAUUCUUCCACCAAGCUAGCAACUUGAUUAGUUUCAAUGUCAGCAACAAUACCUUCACAGGGUAUGUCCCAUCCUCAAUUUGUCUCCAUGCUUCUCCCUUCCUUAGGGUAUUGGAUUUUUCUUCCAAUGAAUUUAGUGGCAACCUUGCUCCUGGACUAGGGUACUGUUCCGAAUUGAAGGUUUUUCAGGCUGGUCAUAACAAUCUCUCAGGAUUACUUCCAGAAGAUAUCUAUAAUGCUACUAAACUUGAAGAAAUUGCAUUACCUCUAAAUUCACUAUAUGGAGCCAUUAGUGAUAAAAUUGUCAACCUCACCAACCUUGCAAUCCUUGACCUCUACUUUAAUCAAUUGAGCGGUGCGCUUCCUGUCAAUUUGGGGAGGCUCUCGAAGUUGAAGUUUGUGAUCCUUGAUUUCAACAAUUUAGAAGGUUCUUUGCCCAUCUCUUUGAUGAAUUGCACAAACCUUUUAGAACUACGUUUGGGAUCCAACAACUUGGAAGGAGAUAUCUCCAUGCUUGAUUUCUCCAGACUUAGUCAACUUACUAAACUUGACCUAAGGGUUAAUAACUUCACUGGUACGAUUCCAGUAAGUCUUUACUCGUGUAGGUCACUAAAAGCUAUUGGAUUGAGUGGAAAUCAUCUAGAGGGAGAAAUACAAACUGAGAUUCUUUCAUUGAAAUCCUUGUCCUUCCUCUCGCUUGGUUACAACCGAUUCACCAAUGUCACAGGGGCAAUGAAGAUAUUGAUGAGUUGCAAAAGUCUUCACACACUCUCGCUUGCUGGUACCUUUGAAGGUGAGGGAAUGCCAUCUGAUGAUGACAUGGUUGAUUUUAACGGAUUCAAAAAUCUUCGGUUAUUGAGUUUGGCUGAUUCUGACUUCACUGGUCAAAUACCUUUAUGGUUAUCAAAGCUCAAGAAUCUAGAGAUCUUAGCUCUAUAUAACAAUCAAAUCACAGGACCAAUUCCAAGUUGGUUGGGGACUCUUCCAAGACUUUUUUCUCUAAACUUGGCGAGUAACCGAAUAUCAGGUGAAAUUCCAAAGCAACUUUGUAGACUACCAAGGUUGGUUUAUGAACCUACUGCAUCUCAAGUGGACAAUUAUGAAUUUGAAUUGCCUAUCUUUGGCGGCAGUGGAACCGCAAAUCCACGUUUUGAACCACACAAAUUAUUUUUGUUUUUUCCAGCGAUUGACUUAUCUAACAAUAACAUUAGUGGUGAUAUACCUACUGAGGUCGGCCAAUUGCAGCUUCUCCGCAAGUUGAAUCUUGACUCCAACAACUUUUCCGGUGUCAUUCCAGACCAAAUAUCUAACCUAAAAAAUUUAGAGCUUUUGAACCUCUCCAAGAACCACUUGUCUGGAACAAUCCCAUUGUCAUUGGUGAGCCUCACUUUCUUGAAACAAUUUAAUGUCUCGUACAAUAAUCUCCAGGGACCAAUACCAACAGGCACUCAGCUCCAAAGCUUCAACGCUUCUGCCUUUGAGGGGAAUCCAAAACUUUGUGGUGCCCCACUUGCCAAUAAGUGCAGUCGACCAAAUAAAGGCAUUGACGAAGAUAACAAGAAGAACAACAAAGACAUGAACAAUGGGCUUCAUCAAAUUCCGUGGUUUUAUAUUUCUUCUGUUGUGCUAGGGUUUAUAGUGGGAUUUUGGGGAGUAUGUGGUUCUUUAAUUAUUAACAAGACAUGGAGAUAUGCAUAUUUUCGAUUCAUAUACAAUAUACAAGAUAGGCUCUAUGUGAUGAUAACAGUACGCAUCAACAUGAUGAAGAGAAAGCCUUAGAGGCUAAUAUUGUACUUUUUAUUUUAAAUUUUUUAUUUGCGUUUCUUUUUUUCUUCUUUUCUUUCGCGUUCCUGAUGUAAUACGGCACAGUUUGUCCUUAUAAUUAUGUCUUCUUUUCGGAUGCAGUUUCUUUCACGCUGCCUUUUGCGUGCAACAAUAAAGAGACUUUGGCUGUCCAAAGUCAUGAAUACUA